AUGAAGAUUUUCGUUGUGAUCGUCGGCUGCGCGGUCGCCGCGAGCGCGCAGUAUCAUCCAACUCAGCAAUACGUCUCGAGUGCAGGCUCCUACGCGAGCCCCGUCGCGACUCAACAGGUCACCUACGCCGCUCCGGCCGCCCAAACCGUUUCCGGUCAGGUGGCUUACGCUGCGGCUCCAGCCACCGUUGCUGCCCCGGUUGCUGUAGCUGCUGCCGCCCCUGCACCCCAGCCUCGUGUUCACACGAUCCACACCCACAGCUCCCGCCAACAGAUCCGUUUGGAAGAAUUCAACGCUCCCCAUCAAGUUAUCCGAGUGCAUGAAGCUCCCCAGGCCGCACCCCAAGUCCUACAUGUACGAGCUCCGGCUUCACCACAGUCAAUCGUGAGAGUCAUCUCGCGCUCUUCGGGCCCCGCUCACGUUGAACGUGUCGUACAUCAAGCUCCGGGUGUUCAGGUUAUCAAUGUUCAUCGCCCGCCUCCCCCAGCUGCGCGUAUCGUUCAAAUAGUUCGCGCUCCCCCGACUCCCCCGCGCAUCCUCUUCCACCAGGAAGCCGAUGCCCACGCUGAACUCCGAGUUGAAGCUCCGCAAGCUCAAGCGCCCCUGGUUGCUCCAGUACAAACCGUGGCUGCUCCCCUCCAAACGGUAUCCGCUCCUCUUCAAACUGUGGCCGUCUCCGCACCUGCCAUCCGAACCGUAGCCGUAGCCGCACCUGCCAUCCGAACCGUAGCCGUAGCCGCACCUGCGAUCCGUACUGUAGCUCUUGCCGCUCCCGCUGCUCAGACGGUAGUAGCUUCAGCCCCCGCAACAUCUGUGAUUAAUGCUCCAGUUCCUGUCGGCGUGGGCUACACCAUGUACGGUGUAGGCUACGGACGCGUGUACGCCCGACAAUUCUCGGCCAGAGCCUCGAGAGCCUCAGCGUAA